AUGGCGUGUGCCACAAUCACAGCUGUUGUUUACCCACAAACCCCGACGACAGUUGACGACAACAACGACGGCGGCGGCGGCGGUGGUGGUGGAGGUGGUGGAGGCGGCGACGGCGGAGUUGGUGACAGUGCUGGUGGCAGCGGCGACGGCGGCCGUGGUGGUGGUGAUAGUGGUUGUAUUGUUGUUGUUGCUGGUGGUGGUGGUGGUGCGUCGAGAAAAGAACGGGACGCGCGAAAACGGACUCGAUGGAAGAGGGUAGCGGUAUCCACCGCGCCGGCAGAAGUCACCAGAAGAACAACGCGUGAAACUUAA